UUAAAUGUGUAUUUGGCUACUUGGCUACUGAUUAGAGAACACAAAAUGAAUAACUCAACAAACUCCUCUAACAAUGACCUGGCUCUGACCAGUCCUUAUAAGACAUUUGAAGUGGUGUUUAUUGUCCUUGUGGCUGGAUCCCUCAGUUUGGUGACCAUCAUUGGGAACAUUCUGGUCAUGGUCUCCAUUAAAGUCAACCGCCACCUCCAGACCGUCAACAAUUACUUUUUGUUCAGCUUGGCCUGUGCUGACCUCAUCAUUGGUGUUUUCUCCAUGAACUUGUACACCCUCUACACUGUGAUUGGCUACUGGCCUUUGGGACCUGUGGUAUGUGACCUUUGGCUAGCCCUGGACUAUGUGGUCAGCAAUGCAUCAGUGAUGAAUCUGCUCAUUAUCAGCUUUGACAGGUACUUCUGUGUCACAAAACCGCUCACCUACCCAGUCAAGCGGACCACGAAAAUGGCAGGUAUGAUGAUUGCGGCUGCCUGGGUCCUCUCCUUUAUCCUCUGGGCCCCGGCCAUUCUCUUCUGGCAGUUCAUCGUAGGGGUGAGGACUGUGGAGGAUGGGGAAUGCUACAUUCAGUUCUUCUCCAACGCUGCUGUCACCUUCGGUACUGCCAUUGCAGCCUUCUAUCUGCCUGUGAUCAUCAUGACCGUGUUAUACUGGCACAUAUCCCGAGCCAGCAAGAGCAGGAUAAAGAAGGACAAGAAGGAGCCUGUGGCCAACCAAGACCCAGUUUCUCCCAGUCUGGUACAAGGCAGGAUAGUGAAGCCAGACAACAACAACAUGGCCGGCAGUGACGAUGGCCUGGAGCACAACAAAAUCCAGAAUGGCAAAGCCCCCAGGGAUGCGGUGACCGAAAACUGUGUCCAGGGAGAGGAGAAAGAGAGCUCCAAUGAUUCCACCUCAGUCAGUGCUGUCGCCUCCAACAUGAGAGAUGAUGAAGUCACCCAAGAUGAGAACACAGUGUCCACUUCCCUGGGCCAUUCCAAAGAUGAGAACUCUAAGCAGAUGUGCAUCAAAAUUGUCACCAAGACCCAAAAAGGUGACUCGUGUACCCCAACUAAUACCACCGUGGAGGUCGUUGGUUCUGCAGGUCAGAACGGAGAUGAAAAACAGAAUAUUGUAGCUCGCAAGAUCGUGAAGAUGACUAAGCAGCCCGCCAAAAAGAAGCCUCCUCCCUCCCGGGAGAAGAAAGUGACCAGGACGAUCUUGGCUAUUCUGUUGGCUUUCAUCAUCACUUGGGCCCCAUACAAUGUCAUGGUGCUCAUUAACACCUUCUGUGCACCCUGCAUCCCCAACACAGUGUGGACAAUUGGUUAUUGGCUCUGUUACAUCAACAGCACGAUCAACCCCGCGUGCUAUGCACUUUGUAACGCCACCUUCAAGAAGACCUUUAAACAUCUUCUUAUGUGCCAUUAUAAGAACAUAGGCGCUACGAGGUAAAACAUCUUUGUAGAGAAGGCAGGUGGUGAGGGGAGCUUGGGAAAAAGAGAAGGGAUAAAAGAGUUCCCCGUUUUAAAAAAUCUCUGCCAUUGCACUUUAUAGUCUUAUUAUGGAAUGUGCAAUUAAGGAGCCUAACAGUGACACUUUUGUCGU